AUGAUGGAACCGAUGGAACCGAUGGAACCCGAUGGAACCGAUGGAACCGAUCGAGCCCGCAACGACCAAAUGCGGGGCUGGGACUUUCAGGCGGACCACGAGGAGGAGCAUGAGGACCUCACGAUGCCGCUCUUCCCGAGCACGAAGAUGAACAUCCCAAAGACGCUGACGGAGGAGAAGAACUUGGCUGAGCUUCUCUUCGACGACCAGGAGGAGCACUCCGGCCCAUAUGCCUGGAUAGAGCACACGUGGGCGCAGACCGUGGUGGCCGCGGUCAUCGUCCUGAACGCGGUGCUUUUUGGCCUGGAGUCCGACGUUCAAUCGGGGCUCUGGGGGCCGAUCGAGCACGUCAUCCUCAUCAUCUUCGCAGCAGAGCAGGCGAUCCGAUUUGCCCGCUACAGGCUCUCCUACUUCAGCAGCGUGGGAAACUUGUUCGACCUCUUCAUCGUGGCCUGUGGAGCCACGGACCUCUGGGUCAUGCCGCUGGUGAGCGUGCUCUCAGGCCAGAAGAGCUCCAAAAGCUCGGUGCUGCAAGUGAUGCAGCUACUGCGCUUGCUGAGAAUUGCCCGCCUCAUCCGCAUUGUGAAGAUCAUCCCACCCCUCUACAGCCUUGCAGUGGGCAUCGGCGAGGCCCUGCAGGGCAUGUUCUGGGUGCUGAUCUUCCUCUUCAUGCUGCUGUACGCCUGUGCCAUUCUCACCGCCAGGCGCAGCUGGCGGGAUUGA